AUGUCCCUCAAGCGCAAAGCCUCAUUCCCAAACAUCGCAUCUCCGCAAUCCCCCCAAACCCCAAGUGCCCGACACUUCACGGGCAUGGACGACAGCCCAAAGCACCUGAACUGCCGGACCAGGAAACGCGUCAUGAACAUCCGUCCCAAUGACCAGGCUGUAUACGACAAAACCCUCCGAUGGCUCUUCACAGCCCAGCAGCGCGUCCAGCAGAUACCCACCCCGCCGACGGAGCCUGAACACGACGAGGAUAUGGAAUUGGAAGCGGAAGCGGAAGCGGUGCCCCUUCCUGCCCCCGACCAUCGCCAGCAAUCACUGCUGCAAUUCUUUCGUCCCGCCCAGCCCCAGCAGCACCCUCGUCCGUCCUGUCCUUCCACCCCCGUAACCCGGUUAUCGGGUGAGCCUGCGCGGGGUGGAGCGGAGAGUGUCUCGCCGGCUGCAAGUGAGGGCGGGACGAUGACGCCUUCUCGGUUCGCUGGCUGCAACAUGGACGGGGACAUGGAUAUAGACAUGGACAUGGACGUGGGCGGCGGCGAGCCUACUCAGGGCCCCGGGUGGAUGCGAUGA